AUGAGCACGCCACCAAACACACGGGAGCAUGAUGGAUUUGUUGUGAUUGGACAAGAAAUAAUGCACGAAAUGAAACAACAUGAUGAUGAUCCAACAAGUACUACAACACAAGUCAUCAAUGAUAAUAAUGUAAUUAUGGAUAAAGAAAUGAAUAUUAUUGGUUCCAAUGAUUCAAAACAGCAACCAUCAUCAUCCAAAGAGGAACCUCCUUCACCCACAGAGCCACCCUUUAUUGACACGAUCAUAGACCGAGAUAAUGUCACUGUUGCAGCUGUUGCAUUGCGAAAUAAUAUGGAUAUUGAUGAAUUCCUUUAUGCAAAUCCUCAUUACUCACUUUUAGAUAUUAUUGACAAGGGAACAAGGGUUAAGAUUAAAAAUCCAAAACAUUUCGAACAAAAACAAAGAAGAGAUGCAAGAAUGAGAGAAAUUUGGAGAAAGCAAGAGGAGGAAGAGCGAUUAAAGGAAUUGAAAGCAGCUGCUGAAAAAAACUCUCCCGAAGCAACAUCAAGUCAACAUAAUUCUGAAACAGUCCACAAACAUCAUCAUUUAAAUCCAAAACGGUUGUCACAAUCGGCAAUUCAUAUUGCUGGAGAUGUGGUUGACUCUGUUGGGCAUACUGUUGGAUCGGUAGCAAGUGGCGUCGGAACAGUUACAAAGACCUCCACGAGCAUGGUUGGAUCAGUGGCUUCAAGUGUUGGAAAUACAGCUUUAAAUAUUGCAGGUGGUGUUGGAAGUGUAGCUACUUCUGUAGUUGGUGGAGAAAUAACAUCACCAGAGCUAUCAACGGGUACCACACGAAGAAGAGCCAAUUCCGAGGUUGGAGAUUACAUUUCCAUGAUUCCCUUUACGGGUGAUUUUAUUUUUCAAGGACGAGUUCCCACUCCAACAACAUCUCCAAGCACUUCUCCAAAAGUCGCUCAUCAUAUUCCAACUCCAUCAGAAGAAUUUGUUCCACCAUCAUUGCAUCAUCAUGUUUCCAACAUUGACUUGAAAAUUCAAUAUAGAACUCCUGAAAUUAUUGGAGCUACACAACCAGUAAUUUUGAAAGAAUCACAAAUAAGAGAACUUUCUCUUUCUUUACCAGUCCGAUUUAGAAACAAAAAUUUCGUGUUGCUUUACUCCACACAAGAACAUGGAAUUAGUUUACAAACAUUGUAUAGAAAAAUUGAACAACAAGAACCAAUUAUUUUAGUUGUUGAAACUACGAAAGCAGAGAUUUUUGGAGCCUUUUUAACAGAACAAGUUGAAAUGACCAAGAGGGAACGAUAUUAUGGAGAUGGGCAAUCAUUUGUUUUUAAAUUUGAACAGCAUCAUGGUUCGAAUGAGAGUUCAGAGCUACAGUCUCCUCAUCCUGAAGACGAUGAAUAUGUUCUCGUUCAUAACUCACAUCCCAAACACAAAGAAAAACAAACCAUACGUGUAUAUAAUUGGACAAGAAAGAAUGAUUAUUUUCAACUGACAAGUGCAAGACAAUUUUCAGUCGGUGGUGGAGGUCAAGGGUUUGCCCUUACCUUUGAUCCUGACCUGAAAUAUGGAUCGAGCUAUUCCAGUGAAACCUUUGGAAAUGAUAUACUGACGAGCCACACUGAUUUUGAAAUUUAUAGGGUUGAAGUAUUUACUAUUGAAUCACUUCUCUCUCCAACUCCAUCAAAGACAAAAUCUUCCCUUAAACUGUAA